ACUAUCCAGCCAUACAAUAUAAAAAAUGAAGACAUCUAUUGAAGAAAAUAUAAGAAACAUUGUACAUAGGACAAUGACUCCUCUGUCUUCUUCAAAGUAGGCACUUUGGGACCUCACACAGUUUUCCCAAUCACCAUCAGCUGCCCCAUCAUAUUUUCCUGAAUCUUGUCCAUGGUCUGAAAUCUCUUCUUUUUCAAAGGUGAUUUUAGUUUUGGGAAAAGCCAGAAGUCACAGGACACCAAGUGUUGGCUGUAGAGGGUCUGAGACACCUGGUGAUUUGAUGUCUUGCCAAAAAAUUCUGCAUGAGACAUGAUGCAUCAGUGGGCACACUGUUGUGAUGAAGCUGCCAAUCACCAGUCCGCCAUAGUUUCUGCCUUCUUAACCAUCCAAAUAGUUUCUGUGGAGGAAUGUUCAAGCUUAAUGAAAAAUUUGAUGCAGAUUUGUUGCUCUACUCACUCACUCAUUUUGAAUGCAAUGGCCAAACAGUGCACAUGCCCACUCAAGGGCAUCUACCACCCCCACUGACCAGCACAGUGAAGUCAUUGUUCACACAUGUGCAUUCCAGUCCACUCUCCUUGGCUGCUGGGUUAUAUCCAUGUCACACACACCUUUCUCAUUUUAUUAACAAUGACUGGACUUUUUCCAGACAGGCCUCUUAUACUAAAAAAGUUUGUUGAUAUGGAACAUUCUCUUCACCUCUCUGAAGCUCCGUUGUCAUCUCAGAAAUUAAGCUGAUAGUUCACAUCCACAUGGAUGAUUAUUAUGUUGAAGCUGGGGCCUCCUAGAUUCACCAAUUAGGACUCUGGUUCUGUGGGCCUGUCACAGCUCCUCAGUCUUGGGGCUUGGAUGAGUGGCUGUACAUGGAGAUCUAAAUUGGGGUCCCUAGGGGGUGACAUGGACAAGUCUCUUCUCCUUGCUACUUCCUGUCCUCACAGCCUGGGGCAGAGCAACAGAACUGGGGCUGUGUGAACUCUCAGCCCUGAGCCAGCUGCUGUCUGGGAGCCCCAAGUGAGACAAAUAGAACAUGGGGUAGCAGAGUUUGUAGCCUUCCAUUUGCACACCACACUUGCAGCAAACCUCUGUCAUCACAUCCUUGGGGCCCAAGAAGCACACUCAGCAAGGUAGUCUGAAAACACUGAUCAAUGCCUACCACACACCAGACAUCCUGUCAGUCAAAGAUAAUCAAGACUGGACAUCUCAUUUCCAGGAGCUCAAAGCCUUCUUGGAAAAACAGAUUCACUGCAGACAAAGUGCAGAAAUGCAAUACAGGGUAACCACAUCCUUUUACCUGAGAAGAGCUCUAUGAGCCAGACUUUUCACCAAUUCAGCUGGCUUCCUUCAAAUGACCCAAAGCAGUGAACAAGACAGUUCUGUGCUGACCUCUGAAAAAUGCAUGCCAGCAACAAUGACAGGGAGUUCAUGAACCCAAGCACAGAUGGGCAGUAAUGACAGAAAACAUAAGCAUGAAAAGAAGUUUUAAAACUAUAGGUCCUAAAACCCAGCAAGAGAAAAAAUUCCCACUCUGCAACUGCAUCGGAUCUAUGGGAAGUUCUAAUUUUGUGGAAAGAGGGCUACAUUUAACCCUUCCAGAAUCAUUACCCACAGGUGCUCACUGACUGAGCAGGGACAGGCUUCCUAGCCAUUGGACGAUGCAAGGGAACAAGAAGUACAUGGAUGGGUUCAGUGACUCCUCAAGCAUCGGCAGUGUGCUAGAUGAUGCAGACAGGGAGGUGAGCAGCCUCACCGACCGGGCAUUUCGGAGUUUGUGUAUCUCAGAAGACACAUCUUUCAGUGACUCUGACCUGGCUCUGUCCCCAGAUAUCAGCCAUCAGGUGUUUGGAAAUUUUCAACAGGGAACAGUGAGCCACACCCAUAGAAAAAGCAGCAUUUGGAGCCAGUUACCCUCGCAAGGCACAGAGCAUGCAGGCUGGGCAGCUACGUUCCAACAGCUACCUAAAUAUGUUCAAGGUGAGGAAAAGUAUCCCAAAAGCAGCCCCACACUGACACCAGCCCAGAGGAGACAGGAGGUGCCAGUUUCUGGCCCAAGGAACAGCAACAAGCCUAUUUCCAAAGUGUCCUCAUUAAUUAAAUCUUUUGACAGGACUGAGAGCCAACAAUGUAAUAGCAGGCUUCCUACAAACAAGCCUCCAGCUAUCAAAAAUCCCCCUCAAUUUGCUCCUCUUCCAGAAAGUGGUGUCAACUUCUGCUUUGAUUCUGCCUUUUUGACUGUGAGGAGGGUACCUGCAGAAGUCUCCAGCACCCAUCAGAAUAGCCACCAGCCCUGUAGAAAGAAUGGAGGGCAAGAGUCCCCCAAAAGUCCUGAAAUGGCCUGUCAGGGCUCUAGUAGCUUCUUCCCAACACCUGAAAACAUAGCCAACUCAUUGGAGUCCAAGUUCCCCUCUCCACCCCAAAAACCAGCCAUGGGAGAGCCUGGAAGAAGCAAGGAGUGGGCUCGCAAAGGCACCUUCCUUCACAGUGAAAACAGUGCUUUCAAGUCAUGGAGCACCCACCAACCAAGGCUGCUGGAGAGAAAGGAUCCUACUGAGGCUGUCCCUGAAAACAAAUCACCCAAACAUUAUGAGGAUACACCCUUAUUAAGAGAGUCCCAGGCUCCUGAGCACAAAGUCUCUCCCUGCCAACUCCAUGGCAACUGUGGUCAAGAAAAGAACAGGCUGACAGCAGGAUCUCUCUCUACAUCUGGACCCUGGAGAUCUAGGGACCCAGGAGUUCAAGUAUUCCUUAUGGAGGAAAAAGCUUCCAACUCAAAACCUGACCUGGUGAAGUCAACCCAGCCCCCAUGGAGAAAACCAAAGACUUGCAAAGGAGGAAAAGAAAGUGCACAAGAUGCUUCAGAAGAGAAGCAGAACAAUGGGAGAGGCCCAGCCUUGUAUACAAAGCACAAUCCCCAAGGGCAAUUUCCAGGAAAUGAUGGUCUUGACAAUGCUGUGGACCCCAAUGACUGUUAUAAUCCUCCUUUUAACAUCAGUGAGCUUUUGACCCCCAUUAUAUCCACCAAACAUGUCCUGAAUUCAUCCAACAGCCCACCAGUGGAGAUAACCCCAUUACCCCCAGGGCAGCAGAAUGGAUAUCAAGAGAAGGAGCCCCAUGAGUGUCCAUCUCAGGAAAGCUACAAAUCCAAAGCCCCUAGCCUGCUAUUCAACCUCAAGGAUGUGCGUAAGCAUGUUAAGAGCACAUACAGUAGUCCCUCACCUCUCUUAAAAAGCCUUGAUGAGAAAACCAGAGACAAGCAAGAACCUGUGAUCAAUGGCAUCCUUCUUAAUGGGCUUGAGGAAAGCUCCCCAAAGGAGCUUUCUAAGGAGAGACCAGCUGACCCUCCUUCUCUAUCGAACAUCAGUACCCAGAAGGACCCUAAAACUGAUCCUGGUGAAACCUCUGCAGACAACUAUCUAACCCUUAGCUCACCUCCAGCUAUAACCAAACCCCCAUUCUGUGUCAAUGGGGAGGCUGCUGACCAGGACAACUAUGAGAAGGAUGCCACUGAAGAAGAUUCAGAUUUGGGUGCUGACAGGUCCAUCUGGUGUCCAGACUUCAGAGAACACUGCCUGUCCCUGAAGCUUUGCAGCAGAGAGCCUGAGGUAGAGAGGCCUGAGGAGCAACUGAAGACUGCCAGCCUAGAGAAUGGGUUUUCCAGAUCUGUCUCUCAAGAGACAGAAUCUGAGAGAGAGGAAGGACUUCGGAAUCUAAAUUUCAGCCAGAAAUUCUCCCCAGGGCCCCUUUCUCCCGAGGAGGAAGAUGUGUUUUACAGUGACAGCCAGUCUGAUUUUAUGCCAGGCCUCAAAAGUAAGGCCAAAUUCAGCACCAGCUCUUCAGAUCAGUCCUUUGCCUCAUUUGAGGAUCAGCAAAAGAUGUGUUUUACUGAGAGCCAGUGGGAAGACAGGAGGAAUGACAUGAGUACCUGUGACAGUCAGAAGGAUAAGAAAGAGAAAGUUCUGGGCAAAGAUGAGCUACAGUACUCUGCCCUCGGUAAUGGGCAAACAUGCAUGGAGAAGCAGAGCAAGGAGGGUGCAUUGCAAGGAGAGGAGGAAAGUGUGUCUGGAGGAAGAUCCAGGAAGCCAUUGAGGGAGGAAGCUAGUUUCAGAGGCACUUGGAUUGGGGGAAGUAAGGAUGCAGCCCUCUCACAUGCCAAAGACCUUACCCCCUCAACAUCUUCCACUUCAAACAAGCACAUACUGUUUGCAAUCAAAGACAACACCCUCAGGGCUACCCCUGUGAUAAAACCCAUCAUGCUGCCCCUUCUGAGGGCCUUGUCCUCAGAGGAUCCACUGGGCUGUAGUCACAAAGAAGAGGAAUUGUCAAGGCCAGGCUUGGGAGAUGAUGCUGGUCUUUGUGCCCCCAGGAGCCAGGAAAAGCCCAGCACCCUGACACCCACUGUCUGCAUGAAGGGCCCACACUUAAAGCAUGUGGCCUGCAAGGGCACAGAGGAAAACAGGUGGGUGUCCAGUGUGGGCAAGAAGGAGACAAAGGGGAAUGUCUCAUCUAUUCUACUUGCAGCAGAGGGUGAAGGACUGAAGCCGCCCCCAGAUACCACAUGGAAAGUUGUGAUGAUUGAUGGCAAGAGCAAUUCCAUAGACCAGGGGAAGCUGGAGGCUCCAAAGUGCAUCCCCAUGAUCUCUUUGCCUAAAAGUGACUUACAAGACCAGCCACCCCCACAGCAGCUGGGGACCUCUUGGGAAGAACAGACACAAGAUUUCAAAGGUCACUUUUUGUCUACACCCAAAGCAGGGCCCGUAGGGAAAAAACUGGCCCCUGGUGAGAUGGCAAUUUCCCCCAACACCAGCUCCCUGGAGGAGAGCAGCGCAUACUCCCCUGCCACCAGCAGUGUUUGGGAUGAUGCUUCUCAGGGCCCCAGUGAACUGGGCCUGAUGACAGGGGAGCCUUCCCAUGCCAGCCCCUGGGCCAACUGCAGCCCUGCUAGGGUUGCCCGCAGGGAGGACCUGACACAUGCUUUCACGUGGGAAGCCAGUUCCGACCCCCAGAAUGAGCCAUCAGCAGAAAACCUCAGGACACUCUCUCCAAGAGGUUCAUUGCUAGACACGGCCACCAGCUCAGCCGUCCUCCCUGAAAAAGCAGAGCCUUCUGCUCACCUAGAAAGAAUGGCAGCCAAGCCACCAGCGGUCCCACCCAAAACAGAAAAGGCCCUGAGGAGGGCAAAGAAGCUGGCAAGCAAGAGGAGAAAGACUGACCAGGCACAGGAAAUGCAUGGCAAACCCCAGGAGGAAAAGCCCUCCCUGGAAGGCUCAGAGCACAGGCCCUGGUCCCCUGGAGAGAGGCUACUACCCAGGUUCCCUGCGAUCCGUGCCCUGCCCCCUCCUCUGCACCGCCACUCAGUGUCCACCUUCUCAGAGCAAGUCAGGAGGCAGCCUGGGGAGCCCCAGUCCUUCAUGCCCCUACUCCCUUACCCUGCCAGCCAGAAGGUCCUCCAAGACCCCAAAUCCGGAGAGUAUUUUGUCUUCGAUCUGCCACUUCAGGUGAAAAUCAAAACCUUCUAUGACCCAGAGACAGGCAAAUAUGUCAAGGUUCCCAUCCCAUCUUCUGAGGAGGGGUCCCCCGAGUCACCCCUGCCAGAUGUGCAUGCUACCCCCUACAUAAUAUACCCCAGCAUCCGGCCCCUGUCUGCAACUGCCUUGAUGCCACUGCGCUGCUCUUCUCAGCUCUCUGCCCCCACCUUUCUUAGGCAGGGCCCUGGUACCACUGAGGCAGACUGCUCUGGGCCCCAGAGUACCUACAAUGCUGACCCUCAACCAACCCCUGGGCCUCAUGGCAACCACACCCAGCACACUGCAGGCCAGGCUGCCAGUGAGCCUCCCCAGAUUCCAGGGGAGGAGGGGGUAGACGCUCCAACCCUAGCCAUCAUCUCCACCAAUGAUCUAGAGGACUUUGCCACAGAAGGAAUUUCUUGAGUUACAGCAGACUAACACCUCCACGAUAAACCCAGAAAAGCUUAGUUCCCCCUCCCCCAGAACAAUCAAUUGCUAUGCUCACAUACACAUACUACAUACUUAGCCAUUUAAGAUCCUUAAAGCCUCAAAGGAAGUGAAGAUCCUGACAACAUGCCACCUCAAGUGCACCCCUAUAGCUCCCCUCCCUGGAAAGGCACUGCUGGCAUGACCUGGCCCUUCCAAGCCCCUUUCUGGCCUCCAGAUCUGCUCCACUCCUUUUCCCUUCUCCUCCCUUCCUCUGUCUUUCUCCUCUGUCCCUGCCACUAAGGUGGAUCCAUCUGACUCCUCAGGGCUAUGCAGCUCCAACACCUGGCCCACUCCUUCUCAAGGACAGGGUAAGGCCCCCAGAAACAUUGCACUGAACCCUGUAGGUCAAAUAGACCACUCAGCACAACCCCUCGGUGUCAGACAUGGCACCAAGGAUGACUUCACACUAUUACUCUGACAUAGCAGCCAUUACCAACUCAGCUCAAGUGGAAGUGGCUGAGGACUGACAUAAGGCAAUAUGGCAGAAAUGUUUAUCUGAAAGGAUGGGUUUUCUUUACUGAGAAAACUUUCCCCUGAAAGCUGUUUCCUGAUAAAGAAGAGGCUACCCUUUAAAAAGUGAAACGAGUUUAUAGAUGUGGUUCUGUCACUGGACUCCUGUCUCUUCUGUGGAUAGUGGUGGGUCUCAGCUGCUGAGUAAAGGGCUACCUGCCCUCCAGGGCCUCCUUCUUAGCCUACAGACCAUGUGUGAUCUUCAUAUGUGAACAGAUCAGCAGUUCUGGCAUCCCCUGCAGUCCCAUGACCUUCCUUGACCCUUCAACCCCUGCCUAUGCCUUCUUGGGGCCAGGAUCUCCACUGCUGCUAGGAGGCAAAGAGGAGAAGGACCCAAGGCAGCCACUGAGGAUAGCCUGGUACCUGAUUCAGGCCCUGAUUAUUCCUACUUAGUGACCAUUAGCUAUGUUCUAUGCUGAGAAGGGAGUUGUAUUUGGGGAUUUGUAGGAAAGUGUCUGAAUCAACCCAAGAGAGCAGAGUAUAACACAACCACCUCUGCACCUCCAAGAGCAGUGCAGGUGUGUGAAGAGAGACCCACUGUGGGCAACCAUUCUGGGAGGGAAACCAGGCCAGUCCUCAUGGCCUAUUGCUGGGGGCUUCCUCAGAAGCCCCAUCAUUCUUGUGACUUGGGAGAGAUAGGGACGAAAGUGCCUUCUUCCUUGUUUAAAAGGGCAACUGUGGAGGGGACCACACAAAAUGUGUUCUCCUUGGGUGGGUUUUUGGGUUUUAUUUCAGUUUGGUUUGGAUUUUGGAGAGGGGCCAUUUUGUACAGUUGCUGUUUCCAGGCUGGAAAUAUGAAGAGGCAUCCAGCUCAGCAAGUCCCUGAACCGUACAAACACAAGUACUUGAACAUUUUCCAAGUUUGUGAUUUGGAUUCAGGAUUUUAUACCUGUUUCUUAUCUCAACAAAUGUGGUCUCACCUUAAUUUCAUUGUGAAAAUACCACACAAAUACCCCAGCCUGCUGCCAUAAUCUGUGUCUACACCUGGUGAGUCAGCUAAAUGAUGAGUCGGAGUGCAAGGAGACAUGCCAUUGUUGCCCAUGAAGCCUGGAUCUGACAAGUCACACACACACACCCGGGUGCAAAUAAAGAGAACAAAGUUGUGAUCUCA